CACGAUUCACAAGGCAAUGUCACGCACGGCAAUGUUAGACAGGUGGUGGCGUACCCAGCUGGCUAUAAAGGAUCGCAUCGAGUUUUGCGGCUGCACUGAAGGCCAAAAGGCGCAUUGUACUUUCACCACUACAAUCUCCUCACCAUGAAGUCUCGGGUUCUUUUGACACUGGCUGCUGUCGGGUGGCCGAUGGUAAAUGGCGGAAAGCUUUACACAGACCCAACAGACGUGACCGAUUCAGCAUACGACUUCAUCAUUGUUGGUGGGGGUACUGCUGGCAACGUGCUUGCACAUAGGCUGUCCGAGGAUCCAUCUCACUCUGUGCUAGUUAUUGAAGCUGGCGUGUCCAAUCUGGAAAACAUCAAGGAUCAAGUCCCUUUUCUAUCAGGGGAACUGUCUCCCAAUACUUCAAUAGCGUGGAACCAAACUACAACGCCGCAGAGUGGGCUUUUGAAUCGAACGGUCAAUUACCCCCAUGGCUUUGUAUUGGGAGGUUCAAGCAGUAUUAAUCACAUGGUGUGGACAAGGGGGUCUGUGGACGACUAUGACCGUUAUGCGCGAGUUUCCAAGGACGAUGGAUGGUCCUGGAACAAUAUGUUCCCAUACAUGGAAAAGAGUGAGGCUUUGGUCCCGCCUAACACGCGGCGCAAGACCGGCGGCCAGGUGAACCCAGCUGUACAUGGCUGGCAUGGACCCGUCGAGAUCAGUCUGCCCGCUUCUUCCUCGAUUUUCGAUGAACCUGUCCUGUCUUCGGGCUUCGAGUUAUCUCAUCUGUUCCCAUACAACAUUGACAUGAAUUCGGGAUACCCCAUGGGCCUAGGCUGGGCCGUGGGCUCCGUCUCAGCAGACAGGAAACGAACCAGUUCCGCGACUUCAUACCUAUGGCCGGCUAUGAAUCGCUCAAACCUGGAUGUUCUGAUUGACACACGUGUGACCAGACUCCUUGCGGCCGGCAUCACGGACGGAAUGUUGUCCUUCACCAAGGUCGAAACUGCCCAGAGUGCAUCUAGCAACCGGGUCGUUUUCGAGGCGAGGAAGGAGGUGAUUCUGUCAGCGGGCUCUAUCAACACUCCUCAGAUCCUGCUCUUGAGCGGCAUCGGCGACGCAGACUACUUGAGAUCGCUUAACAUUCAGCCGUUAGUUGACCUCAAGGACGUCGGUCGGAAUCUCAUGGACCAAACCUCUCUCGUGAAUGCCUGGUAUGUCAACUCGAAUAUCACCACAUGGGAUGAGGCAUACCGCAACGAGACGCUAGCGAAUGAGCUUUUCGAGCAGUGGGAGACAACAGGAACCGGAUUGUAUGGGGAGGAUGCCGCCACGCAGAUUGCCUGGUCAAGGCUUAGCAGCAAGCUGAUUUCAUCUCACGACUUGAAGGAUCCGUCAGCAGGCAUCGCGUCCCCUCAUCUGGAGUUCAUCUUCAACAACGGCUACUUCCCAUCUAUCACAUUUGCAGAAGAUCAAACGGGAAACUACUUCUCCAUUGUCACGAACGUUGUUUCUCCCGCCUCACGUGGCUCGAUCACUUUGGCUUCCAAUGAUCCUUUUGCAUACCCAUUAGUGGAUGCCGGACUGCUUGUAGAGCCAUUCGACAUCUUUGCGUUGGUCCACGGUAUCAAGCUUGCGAAGAAGUUCCUGGAGGCGCCGGCGUUUGCUGGCUACAUCAAAUCGGCUGCGCGUGGACUCGCAGAUGCGAACACGGAUGAGGAGCUCGAAGAAUACGCUCGGAGCAACGCCGAUUCCGGGUUCCAUCCGGUCGGGUCAGCCGUCAUGGCGCCUUACAACAGCAAUGAUGGAGUAGUCAGACCGGACUUACGGGUCAAACGUGUGUCAGGUCUGCGCGUGGUUGAUGCAUCAGUUCUGCCAUACGUACCUGCGGCACAUAUGCAGGCAUGCAUAUACGCCGUCGCUGAGCGGGCGGCAGAUAUCAUCAAAGAGUAUUGGAAGGACGACCAGAGCGAUUGGUUGGGGUACGAGUUCCAAGAGCCUCUAGUGGCCGUCUGAGUAUUUCGACGACACUGUACACCAAGUCAUUGCUACAGCAACACAAUCAGUUCUAUAGUCAGCAUAAUCUAUCCUCUGUCGACGAAAUAUCGUUAUAUGUAAUUUGUGAUGAACGUCCUUGAAUUAUAUAAUUGUACCAACAAAG